ACUCACAGGGCCGCUCCGCCGCGCUGCGGGGGUGAAGCUGCGGUCUCGGCGGGCCGUGCGGGGACGUCGUAGGGCCGGGGGAGCAGCCGGGCCUUCCUGUGACGGCCAUUUCCUGCUCGCCCCGGGGCCGGCGGGGGGCGGUGGCGGGCUCGCUCCCUGACGGGCUCGGCGGGCAGCGAUGCGGGCCCCGGGCCCUGGCGGCAGGCGGCCCCCCCCGUGAGGAGCCGGGGGGCUGCGGCAGGCCGGGCCCUGGGCGGGGCGCAUGGAGGCGCCCCCCGCCCGCAGAGAGGUGUGACCCCCGCUCCUCGCGCGGCCCUCGGACCCCCCCCCCCGGCCUGGAGAAGAAUUGGGGCGCGGGGCCUUCGGCAGAGCAUCGCCCCGGAGCUUUCUCAGCUGACUGCUGAGAGAUGAAGAAGUUCUUCGACUCGCGCCGGGAGCAGGGCGGCUCUGGGCCCGGGUCGGGCACCAGCGGCGGCGGCGGAGGCAGCGGAGGGCCCGGCAGCGGUUACAUCGGCAGAGUGUUCGGCAUCGGCCGCCGCCAGGUGACGGUGGACGAGGUGCUGGCGGAAGGUGGAUUUGCCAUAGUGUUUCUUGUGAGGACAAACAAUGGGAUGAAAUGUGCCCUGAAGCGGAUGUACGUCAAUAACGAGUACGACUUGCAAGUAUGCAAAAGAGAAAUCCAAAUCAUGCGGGAUCUAUCUGGCCACAAGAACAUUGUAGGAUACAUUGAUUCCAGUAUAAACUCAGUAAGCAGCGGUGAUGUGUGGGAAGUGCUGAUAUUAAUGGACUUCUGCCGAGGAGGACAGGUGGUGAACCUCAUGAACCAACGCCUUCAGACAGGGUUCACAGAGAAUGAGGUCCUGCAGAUCUUCUGUGACACCUGUGAAGCUGUAGCAAGGCUGCAUCAGUGUAAAACACCAAUAAUCCACAGGGAUCUGAAGGUUGAAAAUAUCUUGCUACACGAUCGUGGCCACUAUGUUCUCUGUGACUUUGGAAGUGCUACUAACAAAUUCCAGAACCCUCAAACAGAAGGGGUGAACGCGGUGGAGGAGGAGAUCAAGAAGUACACUACGUUAUCUUACAGAGCACCAGAAAUGGUCAACCUGUAUAGUGGCAAACUUAUCACUACAAAAGCAGACAUAUGGGCCCUUGGCUGUUUGCUGUACAAGCUGUGUUACUUCACUUUGCCAUUUGGGGAGAGUCAGGUGGCAAUCUGUGAUGGCAACUUCACCAUUCCAGAUAACUCUCGGCAUUCACAGGACAUGCACUGCCUCAUCCGGUAUAUGCUUGAGCCAGACCCUGAUAAGAGACCUGAUAUUUAUCAAGUCUCCUACUUUGCAUUCAAACUGGCGAAGAAGGAAUGCCCAGUCCAGAAUGUCCAGAACUCUCCAAUCCCUGCUAAACUCCCAGACCCAGUCAAAGCAAGUGAAGCUGCAGCAAAGAAGAGUCAACCAAAGGCCAGGUUGACAGAUCCCAUUCCUACAACAGAAACUUCCAUAGCACCCCGGCAGAGACCUAAAGCAGGACAGACACAACCCAACCCUGGAAUUUUACCUAUUCAGCCAGCCCUGACGCCUAGGAAGAGACCCACAGCCCAAGCAGCAAUUCAGCCUCAAGGGCCUGCUGCCCUGGGCAGUGGUCAGCCUUCACUCCCUGCAAGUGUCCCUCAGCAAAAAGCAGCACCGCAACCAACUUCAGCGCAGCCACAAGCCAAGCAGGUGUCAGCACCCCAGCAGGCAUCACAGGCACAGCCCCAGGUCCCCUCUGCUCAGCCACAAGCCACACCUCAGCACCAACAGCAGCUUUUCUUGAAGCAGCAGCUACUGCAACAGCAGCAGCAGCAGCAGGCUGCGUAUUACCAGCAGCAGCAGGUGAUGCAAGCUCAGCAGUUCCCAGUGAUGCAGCAGGGAGCACCAGCACAGCAGCAGCUGAUGCAAAACUACUACCAGCAACAGCAGCAGCAGCAGCAGAUGAUGGCCCAGCAGGCAGCAAUGCAGCAGAAGACGGCAGCAGCAGCAGUUCAGCAAAAACAACAGGCUACAGCACCACCACAGCCCCAGGCCCAGCAAAGUGCAGCCCAGCCAACACCACAGCAGGAACAAGCGAUGCAGGCACAAAUAAGGCAACAGCAAAAACCUCAAACCACACCACCUACAGCAGUUCAGGGGCAGAAGCUGGGUUCUCUCACCCCUCCGUCCUCCCCCAAGACACAGCGUGCAGGACACAGGAGGAUUCUGAGUGAUGUGACCCACAGUGCUGUUUUUGGGGUUCCAGCCAGCAAAUCUACCCAGCUCCUGCAGGCAGCUGCUGCUGAAGCCAGUCUCAACAAGUCCAAAUCGGCUUCCACUACGCCCUCGGGUUCCCCAAGGACCUCACAGCAGAACGUCUAUAAUCCGCCCGAUGUCUCCACGUGGAAUCCAUUUGAUGAUGAUAACUUCUCCAAACUCACAGCUGAGGAGCUGCUGAACAAGGACUUUGCAAAGCUGGGUGAUGGGAAAGCUCCAGAAAAGAUGGGCAGUUCCACAGAGAACUUGAUUCCAGGUUUCCAACCAGCUUCAUCUGCAGCCCAGGCAGAUGCGUUUGGUGGCUCAUCUUCCUUCACUGCUGGAUCGGCUGAAAAAAUGAAAGACAUUCUGAGUCUGGAUGCUAGCCCUCCUCUUCUGACUGUGCCUGAUCCUUUCAUUCCUCUCCCAUUAUCCGACACGCCAGAAAAACUGAUUGAGGGACUCAAAUCUCCUGAGACUGCGCUUCUGCUCCCCGAUAUCCUGCCUCUCGCUGACCCUUUCGGUAGCACAUCAGAUGCUGUGAAUGGAAAACCUGAUGUAGCUGUUGAGAGCCUCAUACCAGGCCUUGAGGCUCCGCUGCCCCAAUGCCUCGUGUCCCAGACUGAGUCGGUUGCUUCCAACAGGACAGACUCUCUCACUGGGGAAGACUCUCUGCUUGACUGUUCUCUGCUUUCUAACCCUGCUGCUGACCUCUUGGAUGAGUUUGCUCCUGUGGCUUUCACGGCUCAACCUCACAAAGAAGAUACUAACCUGAUAGCAGGCUUUGAUGCUCCUGAGGGCUCUGAAAAAGUGACAGAAGAUGAGUUUGACCCAAUUCCAGUGUUGAUAUCCAAAAAUUCACAAGGUCUGCAGAGGGAUCCUGCCCUGUUUCCAGCUGUACCUCUCGACCUCUGCAAAGGCCCCGCUGCCAGCGAUGGACUUGCUUUGUACAAGACUCAGCCGGAGGUGAAAACGCAGCCCAAUGCUGAGCCCGAUGGUGCUGCACGCGACGGCCCUUCCAGCAACAGCUCCUUCUACAGCAGCGAAGGGGAGGGGACAGACCACGAAGGGGACAUUUUGGAUUGCAGUGGCUCCAGGCCUUUGCUGCUGGAUUCGGAAGAGGAGGAGGAAGGCUGCAGGCCGGGCACGGGAUUUCUGCAGGCCGGGCCCAGGGAGAGGAGGGACAUUUCCAGGGAGCAGCAUCCCCACACGCAGGCUGUGGAGACGCCGUUCCCUGCCUUCCAGUCACACUCUGGGGAGGUUUUUAAUGAACCCGAUGUCUUUGCCACGGCUCCUUUCCGCAGCUCGAGGAAAGCCCCCGACGAGGCGGAUGUCUUCACCAAAGCUCCUUUCAUCUCCAAGGGCAGCGCGGCUCUGCGACAUCCAGAGGAAGCGGAUGUGUUCCUCAGAGCCCCUUUCACCAAAAAGAAGAGCAUGGAGGAGCUGCUGUCUCACAGUGUGCCCAAGGAACCGCUCGUGUUCCUCAGCCCAGCGGCUGACAUCCAGCACAGAACCACCCCUGCGUUCCAAAGCCUGGAUGCGGUGGUCUCCGGGCCCUCGGCGAGGCCGCAGUAUCCUUCAGCAGGCUUUGCUCUGCUGACCAACCUUCCUCCUUCUGUGAGAGCAGCAGAGGAGCACAGCCCUCCUGCAGGCGUGCAGCCGGAGCCCGGCGAGCGCAGCCCAGCCCAGGCCGGCCCUCAGGAAUGCACACUGGGCCCGGUGACGAACAGCCGGCCUUUCCGUCCGCAGGCCUUGUCCAAGUACUCCCGUCACUACAGCCCAGAGGAUGGGCCUGGUCUCGACGUCCAACCCAUCGCUGCCUACAAAGUGGUUUCUCAGACCAACAGGCAGGCCAUAGCGGGCUCUGUCUCCGUUGCCCCGCUGGCUGCCAGGACUACGGAGCUGCCUGCCGCCGAUCCUUUUGCUUCAGCGCCAUUUCCUUCCAAAGCAGCAAAGCAAAAGCCUUAAUGUGCUGUGAGCCGGGGGUGUUCCCAGCAGAACGCCUCCCACAGGACCUCGAACCUCCCCGUCGAAUCGGAUGACAUAGCAAUAUCUCUAUAUAUUAUUAUUUUUCAGUCAGAACUCUAUUUGCAGUGACAUAGUUGGACCGCUUUAAGUUAUGUUAGCUGGUCGGAACGCCUGGCUCUCAGGAUCCUCACAUCCUCUUCAGUUACUUCUUCCCUUCCUCCUCUCACCGCCUUCCCCAAGUUAUUUUGACAGCAAUAUCCCAUACCUUCUGGCUCUGGCUAGGGAAAGGCACUGUAAGGUUAAUUAGCUGGCUUGUUAAUUACAGAGCGAGUCAAGCGGGGCUGGCUGGUGCUGUGGAAAGGAAGCGAUUUCACAGGUUCAGGGCUUAUGGGGAUUUUCCCCAUCAGCUGGGGCUUCUGGAGGACAGUAAGGUGACACUUCUUGCUGCUGAUGGUGACAUUGAGCCUGGCAAGGUGACAGCCUGGCAGCUCCAGGGUGUGUGUGUCAUGUAUGAAGUUCGUCAGUGCAUUCUGUUGCUCAUCUUGCAAUGCUCCAGGUGAGCAAUUAAAGCUGCAGGAAGGAGAUCUGUCGGGCUGUUACAUGGGAAAUUAAAAGGUGAAAAGUGUGGGAUUUCCCCAAGCUUAGGACCCAGAAAUCUGCUUUUGGGUUUUUCCACGGGACCUAAUCAGCUUAGGUCCUGUGGAAAAGUGUAUUGUGAAGACAGCUGGAUGGCUGUCCUGAUCUGUGUGUCUCAUUUGGUGUAAUUUGGCCUUGGCUGCAGUCUGGUUCAGCUGGUGGGUGCCAGCAGAGCUUGGCUUUGUGUUUAUCAGUUCCACCUUUUGUCAACUAAGAUGAUCUCAAACAAAAUAUGUCCAUAGUCUUAUGGGAAUAUUUGGUGUACUUUGGCUACCUUGUGCUUCCUGCCACAUUCCCAAAGAGAAAGGCAGUUUGUUGCUGUCCUACCUUUGGUGCAGUGAAUACCAGUGCUGUGUUUGGUGGAAAAAUAGUGUUAUUCCCAGCAAAGGCUGUAAGUGUGGGCUGCUUUCAGGUUAUCCAGGUGUGGGGGCUCACAGUCGCUGUGCGGUGGUCCUGUCCAAUGGAUGUUGGUGCUGCAGGACGUCUCCCAAGAAAAGUGUUUCAUUUUCAUUUCCAAGGGCUUGACACCUGGGGAAGAAUCUCUGUUGACUCUGAUAGUUUCUACUGAAGCCCUUAGAAGCUUUGCAGUGUCUGUUUCCUGAGGGACUUUGAUCCUCAUCCCAUAAGUCAGAGCUUUGCACUGAGGAUUGAGGGCAGAAUUCCCUUUUGCUGCACACCCUUUUGCUGGGUUAUUGCCAAGCAGGAAGGGGAGGGUGGAAAAGCCCCAACCAGCAGGAGGUGGAGAGCAAAGCACAAGUAGAACCCCAAUCUCACUUCCCCUCCAGCGUCUCGGGUUGCAAGAGGUGAGCCAAUGCCACUGCUGGGUGUGCUCAGCCUUGGGAUUGCUGGAGGGCAGGAAGAAGUUGGGACACUUGAGAGCAGGAAGGCUGUCAGGGUGCUGCUUUCCUGUGCUCCUUCACCACUGGUAGUAGCAGUAUAAGUACUGCAGGGAGAUUUCUGGGUGCCCUGGAGAUGUCUUCAGCUAAGCUCUUGUUGAUGGUGUUUCCUUCUCAUUCGGUUUUCCCAUUCAAAUAUAUCCCCCCAAAGUGCAAGGCAUUGCUAGGUGUGAGUUCAAGGUAUUACCUCUGCUAACUGGAUUUAGGUUCUCUGCUUUUAUUCAGUUUUUACUUGAAAAGUUGCCUUGUGAAUCAAUCUGUGAAACUUCUUACAAUGCCACAUCCAAGUCGCACUUAGGAAAAAUGGCUGGAGAUGCACUCACCCACUGCCCAGCUCCUGCCCUUCAGACCUCACCGCCCUGCACUGCCACGGGAUGAAGGGACAAAGCGCAUUCAGGUUGACUUGGGCUGGAUUUCCAGCUGGGAUUUUGGCAGUGGAUAUUCUGCAAGCACUUUACACAGAGCCCCAGAAUCUAACGAGCCUGCCAGCUCCAAUGGUUUUACAUGUGUUUUUGGGAGUAGGGGCAGCUUGUUUGCAUCUCUGCCUGUGACUUAUGAAGGAAUGGGACUCCUGGUUGUGGUCAGAAAAUGGAAUUUCAGUACCAAUUAGUCUAUAUAGCAUUCUAAUUCCCAACUUAAUUCUGCAUGGCCAGUACGGCAGCUUCAGCACAAUGAAUUAUAAGCCAGAAUUUCACUUCUGUAUUACGAAGCUGUAUCUAAUGAACGUGGAAUGAUAGUGCUUAUAGUUUUCUUCACCACCUUGCUGGUGCUGUUGAUGAAAUGAGCCUGGUAUGGCCUAAACGCAGCAUUUUGGGGUCAGUUUUCUGAGCAGAACCAUGGUUCCGCCUGUCCAAAGCUGUAGCACAUCCUGCCCUGGGUCCCCACAACACACCUCGGUCCUGUGACAAUCGUAGACACAAUCCUUACCCACCUCCAGCUGAACCUCAGCGAUGCACUUAGAGACAUUAAUCACAGUAUCUGCAUGCGAAAAGAAGAAGGAAGCAGCAUCAUGCUGGGCUCUCCAUGCCUCACUGCCUGUCUGCACAGCAGCAUGGGGCUGCUCCUGAAGCUCACCUGUGGGCAUGGUGUGCACAGAGCUCACACUGCAUCAGCAAUCGUCCUCAGCGUUGCUCAAUCAGGCAUGGCCGAGUGAGAUCCAUUUAACUCUUGAACUCUCAAUCACUCCAAAGUGGGAAUCGGUUACUUUAACUCAGCUUCCACCAAAGACUCUUGUGUUGGGGAGUUGAAUUUUUGUUUUGUUUCUUUUUUUUUUUUUUUUUUUUCCCUGUGUUCACGGUGUUAAUUUAAGGCCUUUCAGUACACCGAAGGACUCCAAAGCGUUCUUACAGCAGGUAUCCUGAUGGUGAAAUCUUGUUCCACUUCUGAAACACAUUCCUGAAACCCGAUCCCUUGUGUCAGUAUUCCUAAAAAUAUGCCACGGCCUGAAGUUUCCGUGGGCCAUCAUGUUGUUCUCCUCUGGGUGAUGUCCUGGGGUCCCCUGCACCCAUCCUAGGGGCUGGAGGUGUUCUGGGGUCCCCGCUCCCAUCCUGGGUGUGGUGAUGGGUGUCCUCAUCCUUGGGGUUCCUCUGGUCCCAUCCUGGGACUGCUGAUGUUGUGGGGUCCUCAGAUCCCAUCCCAGGCCUGGUGAUGUCCUGGGGUCCCCUGGCCCCACCCUGGGUCUGGUGAUGGGUGGUGGAUCCCCUGUCCUCAUCCUUGGGGUUCCUCUGGUCCCAGCCUGGGGCUGGUGAUGUCCUGGGGUCCCCUGUCCACAUCCCAGGGUCUGGAGGUGUUCUGGGGUCCCUUGGUCCCAUCCUGGGGCUGGCAAUGCCCUGGGGGUCCUCUGGCCCCAUCCUGGGGCUUGCUGGUGGCUGGAAGUCCUCUGUCCUCAUCCUUGGGGUUCCUCUGGUCCCAUCCUGGGACUGCCGAUGUUGUGGGGUCCUCAGAUCGCAUCCUGGGGCUGGUGAUGGGCUGGGGGUCCCCUGUCCCCAUCCUGGGGGUCUCCUGCUCCCCUCCUGGCACUGGUGAUGCCCAGGGUCUCAGAUCUGUAUGGCAGUGGCUGCAGAUGGAUGGAGUUGUGUCACUCCGGGCGCAAUGUCUGCGUUCCUGGUAAUCACGAUGAAGAAAUGUUCAAGCUGUAAACUUCUGUACAUUUAUUAAAGCUGUACCUGAUUACA